AUGACCGACGUCCCUAAUGACUUCAUUGAGAUCAAUCUCUCAACCGAUGAGUUAAUGUUGAAGGAACUCGAGCGACGUGAUGGCAUCUACUCGUUUAUAUUUCACGAGCUGGACGUGCCUAAACCGGAUACGCCAACACCAAACACAUCGCCCGAUAAACUAGUGGAUGUUAAUUACAUAACAACAACAACAAUUGCGACAACUACUACUACUACAAUCAUAGAUGAGGUCAACGCCAAUACAGACUCCGACAGUAGCAGCUUGUCUGAUGAGUUGAAAAUCAAAGCAGAAACUAUUUUCAAGCAACGUUCCCAAUUUGAUUGCCCUACAAGCACCAAUACAGCAGCAACAGCAACAAAAACUAUUGUAUUUUCUGUACCAGCCACAACGUCCUUCAUCAAUACAUUUCCAAUCAUCAAGGGCACGGGAUCAACCGCAACAACCACUGGCGCAACAACAAUUAUUGUUCCCAGCCUAUUUGCCGCGUCACCUCUGACCACACCGUCCACCACUGCCGCCUCGACAGCCAUCAACGGCGUUAAUGCCACUUUACCGUAUUUUCCCAGCAGCCUCAGUGGCAUUGGCAUGCGUAGCUAUCAUGAAUACUUAAAGACGUGGCAUCCGCCUUCCUCACUCGUCUAUGACAAUCCUAAGCUCUAUACUUAUAUGGCUAAUUGUGGCUUUCGUGUGCGCGUGCCCACACCACGCUUCUCGCACAUCUCAGCGCCACUAGUGCGCAAUCGGCGGCACGCCCUCAAACAGACACCGGAGUACAAGCAAAUAACCGAUUCGAAGAAGUAUGCGCACGUGGCUGAUUUGAGGGCGCUUUUCCCUCACGAUCCAGAUGUGCAUGCGCCCUUUGCUGCGGCAGGAGGCAUGACAAUAACGUCAAGUACAACGCUGGGCAACGGAGAGUUGGAGGAUGUGUUGUUGUGAAAAUACGACGGCGUUGAUGGCUGGCUCGCUGACACUUAAGUGAUUCUUGUUAGAAAUUUGAGACAUUUUUGGGCUGCAAAUCAACGAUUAUAAUUAUAAUUUGUAAGAUUUAAGAGUAGCUUAACUGCUGGUUUAUAUUGUGUAACUGAUAAGUGUAACCUCAG